AUGAAAAGCAAAGGUUUAAGAAAAUGUCUCUGUAAGUGCAGAAAUGUUGGUGCAAGUGUUCUAAAGUACACAAUCUGGGGUCAUAUUAGAGAUUGGAGUAUCUGGUCUUGCUUGCAUGAGGAAAUCUAUAUUCCCGUAGAUGUCCCCAGAGGUCAUCUAGUUGUAUAUGUAGGUGAAGACUGCAAGAGAUUUGUCAUCAAGAUAAGCUUACUGGAGCAUCCUCUCUUCAAAGCAUUGCUUGAUCGCGCCGAGGAAGUGUUUGAUUUUUCUGCCAGCUCUAAACUUUGCAUUCCCUGCGAUGAGAACAUUUUCACAAUCAUUCUUCAGUGUGUAGCUGCCUCUCAACAACAAGAUCAAAGGCCUCAAUUUUGUUUCUAA